ACCUUAAAUACCUUUGAAUCGCAAACCUCAAACGUCAAAAAGUUUGUUUUUGUUUUGUUUUUAUAUUAUAAUUUCUGAAAUUUUUUAAUAAAAACUUGUAAAUAAUCGAAAGGAUAAUGGCUCUCAACGAAGAUAAAAAAGAAAUGCUUAGAGAAGAACACACUAGAAAAAUUAAUGAGGAAAAGAUUCAAUUGAUUCGAGCUAAAAUCGAGGAUAAAAAUCGCUAUGGGAAUCUUUUACGUUAUAUGAACAAGCAAAGAAGGGAACAGGAAGAAGAACAACAGAUGAACCAAAGAAAAGAACAGGCUGCAUUAAAGGAAUUUCAACACGAACAGGAAAAUAAGCUAGCAUUUGAAGUAGACAACAUUAAGAGAAAUGAGAUAAGGCAGUUAAAAUUGAGGCAGCAGCUAAGAGAGAAUACACCUGAAUUAAGAGAACUCGAAAGAAAAUUAAAAGGCGCAUAUGUGAAUAAAGAACUAGCUGCACAGAUUGCUCAGAAAGAAAUUGAGAAAAUAAAUGAAAAGAUUGAAGAAAAACGAACACAUGAAAUUUUACAAAUGGCUAAAAUUAAGGAAGAAGAACUUAAAAGAAUAUUAGCUGAAGAAGAUAUAAUUAAGAAAGCCCAGUACAAGCAAGAACUCCAAGAACAAAUAAUCUUAAGAGAAAAAUCUAAGAGAUAUUUGUACGAAGAAUUUCUAAGAGAAAAGAAGAGGAUUGAUGAUAUUAUACAGAGAAUUCACGAUGAAGACGAACGUGAUAUCCAAGAAAAAAUGUGCAAGAUGAAGAGAACUAGAGAAGAAAUGUGGGCAUUUGAAAUGGCGCAACAAAAAUGGAAACAAAGAAAAAAAGAAGAAAUUGAAGAAGAAAAUAGAAAAAUUCAAGAAUUUUUACAACAGAAAGGUGCUGAUGUAAUGGCUAGGAUGGAAGAAAAGAAAAAAAGAGAAGAGGCUAAGGCCAAAUUACAAGAAGAUAUAGCAAGGAAAAUACACGAACAAAGAGCUAAGCAAAAGGAGCGGGAAGACAUCCUUCAAGAAUUGGUCAUUGAAGAACAGAAUGAAGCCCAGGAGUUACGUUGGCAAGCGGAGAUUGAGAAACGCGUGAGGCAACGUCUUGAAUUGAGGCAAACGCUGGAUCAACAAGUAAAAGAAAAGGAGGAAAAACUUCGGGAGGAAUCAGCUCGAGAUGCCAAAUUCAAAGAAGAGAUUCUGGCAAAAUUAGCGGAAGACCAUAAAUUAGAGCAGAUGUCGGAACAAAAAAGAAGAAUGAAAAUGUUACAGUUGAGAAGAGACGUGGAAGAUACGAUGAACGAGAGAAGACAGAGAAGAGCCGAAGAACUAGAAUUGAUUAAUAAAAUCAGGGAACAAGAGCAAAAAGAAUUAGAAGACAGGAGAAAGAUAAUUGAAGAAGAAAGAUUAGCUAUGCUAAAAGAACACGUGAAUAACGUGAUAGGUUAUUUGCCCAAAGGCCUUUUAAGACCAGAUGAUUUGCCACUGUUAGGAAGUGAUUUGACUGAAGCCAAAAGUGUAAAUUAAGUAUGUAAUUUCAGAUGUUUCAUGAAAUCAUUCUAAUUUUUCUGUGAUACAAAAUAAUUCACUGAUAAAGAUAUAUUUUACGCGUGGCUAUAUUUUUAUAUGUGACUAAUAAUUAGUAUUAAUUAUUUUAAAUAUAUUUAUAUAAAUUUCAA